AUGGGGGCGGCGCCAGAUUCGGCUGAAAGAAAUGAUAGCUCAGGCAGUAAUUCGCCGGAGUGUGAACGUGGCUCAAGGUGGGCUGAGCUGGUUCUCACGAACCUCUCGACCGCGCUUGUGGUGGAUGGAGUGACUGUGUGUCGGCUUAUAGCAUUUCACCUGCUGGAAUCAAUCGGCGUCGAGACGAUGACGGUUGGAAGCGGGCGGGAGGCACUGGAGCUCUCCGGAACGCAUUACGAAUUGAUCCUCGUCGACAGAUACAUGCGUGACAUGGACGGCCUUGAGAUCAUUGGCCUGACCUCCGGAGAGAUUGAGACUGAUAGGAUGGAUAUGAUGAAUGCUGGAGCUGAUGGCUGCUUGGAGAGGCCGAUGUCUGUGGAUGCUUUGGCCGAUAUCCUGGCGGAGAUCGACUAUGAGAUCGAUAGCCGCUAA